AUGAACGUGCUCGAACUCGACCUGGCGGGCUCAUUCCACCAGUCCAAACCAGCCCGUCGUGUCGGCCUGGCAUGUGCGCCCUGUCGCAAAAAACACCUCCGCUGCGACGCGAGAACCCCCGUAUGUGCCCGCUGCAUCGCUGACAAUAAGCAAUGCGUCUAUGAGAAGUCGCGUCGAGGCGGACGCCGUCGCAAGCCGUCAGAGUCAGCAUCAGGAUUGGGAUCCGGUGGGAAUUCAACAGCAUCGUCUGCACUUCUGACUCCGGGUCUCCCUGCCGAUCAAUUGUGGGUCCCGUCAUCGUCACCGGAGUCUGUCAUGGUGCCAGCAGUUCAGGCACAGGCCAGGAGCACAACAAGUGGCUCGAUGACACAUCCUGCACUCUCUGCAACGGCUGAAAAUGAUGCCUUAAGAACAGAUCGGCUGUAUAACCUUUACUACACUUUUUUCCAUCCCGCGCAUCCAUGCGUUUUACCAUGGCGGUUCCUCAGCCAGCGCCUCGAGACAGAGCGCGAGACAAUACAACCGCUCCUUUAUGUGAUGCAGUAUAUCGGGGCACACUAUGCAGAUGACGUUGAUGCGUCGCCACUGGCGACAAUCUCCGAGUCACGAUUAGCUCCUAUACGCAGCAAACAAGCCGCUGCGACCGGGUUCGACGUGCAGGCCAUGAUCCUCUACUCGAUUGCAGUGUACUGGUGCGAUGAAAUAGACCGGGGUGUUAAUUUACUCAAAGAAGCCAUUCAAAUGGCCUUGAAUAUACAAAUGAACAAGAAAGAUUAUGCUACACAUUUUGGCCAGAAUGACCCGAUGCUAGAAGAAAGCUGGCGUCGCACCUGGUGGCUUGUAUACAUCACGGAUGCCCACGUGGCUGGUAGCACCCAUGUCUACCCAUUUCGCACGAGCAAUAUAGACAUGAGUGUCGAUCUUCCAUGCGAAGAGGAAGACUAUGAAGCUGGGGUAAUUUGCCCUCCGACAACCCUCGAAGUAUACGACAUCCGGGAAUUUCUCCCAGAAGCAGACCGACCCAGCUUCUCCUCUUACGCAGAGCUCAUUGGCUUAACCCGUUCAAUAGACAAAGCCUUAGCAUCCGACUGGUCCAAAAACGCCGCCCUGGUCCACACAAUUUGCGAGAAUGCCGACAUCAGCGUCGCGGCCUGGCACUCGCUACUUCCACCCUGCAAGCGAGACCCGCUACGCAGCGACGGCACCGUCGAUGAAAUCAUGUUCAAAUCCAAGUUCAUCCUCCACGCAUACGCUAUAGAGAUACAUCGUCCAUUAUCAACCUUGGCGUACAGUUCCGUCGAGUCGACCUGCAAAUGCGCACCCCCGGUACCAGCUGAAGACGCCCCAGGAUCAGACACCACUCAAAUCCAGCUCCACACACUCAAAUGUUUGCACGCGAUAGACCAACUCGGGCGGCUCAUGAUACUCCCCGCUAAUAUCCACGCUCAUACCCCAUUCAUCAUCUGCAUGAUUGCCAACGCCACCAUUGCCCAUUUAGCCGCCUGUCGGUACGUAUUUGCCGGGCCGGACCUCCAGCUUGGUCGUGAGAGAAUCCGUCUCAGUAUGGGUACUUUAAAGAGGCUGAGUGAACAUUGGGGGCAGGGAAAGAGAAUUUAUCGAGAGAUGGGGAUUGUUGCGAGGGAGAUCCUGUCCCUUGCGGAUCGGGAGAAGGGUAGUCAUGAUCGAGUUGGAUUCUCUACGAAAGGUACAUUAUCAGGCAUGCCGAAUACACCUGCUGCACUGGAGUUUUCGUCAUUCGACAUGCAUAAUAUGAACGUGGCAGAGUUCAAUUUCUGUGGGUAUUUCGAUGGGGCUAUUGGUGAGGUAGUUGAGCCUGCUUCAUUUCUGGUUGUCUGA